CUUCCCUCUUCCAAGAAGCUUCUCUCUCUAACCCAAAAAAGAAAAAAAGAAAAAAAGAAAAAAAAAAAAAAAAGUCUCCCUCUCUCUCUCCACACAUUUCCAUGUCUCUUGCUUGCAACGAUCUAAUCAAACAACAAACCAAGCCUCCUGGUUAUUAGUCCUCCUCCUAUGCAAGAAGAACAACAAUCAACUUGAUGACGAUGAUUGCUCCUAUUAGUAUUAUUAGAUUAGCCUAGAUCAGACUAAAGGAAAUAACAAAGAAAGAGAGAGAGAGAGAGAGAGAGCGAGCGCUUGGGAAUUGGCGAGCCUAGAGGGUAGGCGAUGAGACCAGUUCAACCCCUACCGGGCGCGGCCGCCAUCAGCAGCGGAGGAGGCAGUGGCAGCAGCAGCGGAGGAAGCAGCGGUGGCAGCAGCAACAGAGGGCUCCGAGCGCGCAGGGGGCAGGACCUAACCCUACCCCUACCGCAGCGAGACGCGUCCCUGGCCGUCCCUCUCCCUCUGCCACCGUCGUCGUCGUCCAACUCCUCCUCCAGCUCUUCAGCCAACUCCGCCCCGUCAUCGAGCCACUCCAACCACAGCAACGCCAUCAACUUCUCGGAGCUGGAUCGAGCCAAUCGCAUCGGCAGCGGCAGCGGCGGUACUGUCUACAAGGUGAUCCACCGCCCCACACGCCGCUUCUACGCGCUCAAGGUCAUCUACGGGAACCACGAGGACUCCGUGCGCCGCCAGAUCCGCACCGAGAUCGAGAUCCUCCGCGACGUGGAUAACCCGAACGUGGUCAAGUGCCACGACAUGUUCGACCACAACGGUGAAAUCCAGGUGCUCCUGGAGUUCAUGGACGGGGGCUCCUUGGAGGGCACCCACAUCCCCCAAGAGCCGCAGCUCUCGGAUCUUGCCCGCCAGAUCCUCUCCGGGCUCGCCUACCUCCACCGCCGCCACAUCGUGCACCGUGACAUCAAGCCGUCCAAUCUCCUCAUCAACACGCGCAAGCAGGUGAAGAUCGCGGACUUUGGCGUGGGGAGGAUUCUGGAACAGACCAUGGACCCCUGCAACUCCGCGGUUGGAACCAUUGCAUACAUGAGCCCCGAGAGGAUCAACACGGAUCUAAACCACGGCCAGUACGAUGGGUACGCGGGGGACAUAUGGAGCUUCGGGGUGAGCAUCCUGGAGUUCUACAUGGGCAAAUUCCCCUUCGCGGUGGGCAGGCAGGGCGACUGGGCCAGCUUGAUGGUCGCCAUUUGUAUGUCGCCGCCGCCGGUGGCACCGCCCACGGCUUCCAGAGAUUUCCGGGACUUCAUCGCCUGCUGUUUGAAGAGGGACCCAGGUCGCCGCUGGACCGCCUCGCAGUUGUUGAGGCAUCCUUUCAUUCUGAACAACGGCCAGCCUCAGAGCCAGGUUCAUCAGAACCUCCAUCAGCUUUUACCUCCUCCACGCCCGCUUUCUUCCUAGUCUUCUUUUUCUUCUUCUUCUAUCUCCUUCCAAUUUUCCUUUUUUCUUUUUCUUCUGUUUAAUUUAUGAAUGAUAAUCAUUUCGUGUAAUUUUGAUAUAUGAUGGGCAAGAUUUGAUUUUUAGGGCGAGGAUUCGGGUUUGUUCCUGGUUUAGGUCAAUCAAUCUCAAUCUUAAUCCCUCUUUGAUAA